AUGACUGAGGAAAUAAUCUAUGCUGAUAUAAAUGUCCUGGAAGACUCAUCCCCCACCAGCCAACACUCUCCCCUUAACCACCACGACGGCUCUGGCUGCAAACUCUGCCCCGUGGACUGGCUGUCGCACAGGGGAAAGUGCUAUUGGUUUUCUAAAGAAAGCACCAUCUGGAACAAGAGCCGUGCUGACUGCUCAGUGAAGAGCUCUCGAAUGCUAGUGAUCCAAGACCAGGAGGAGAUGGAGUUCAUACAGAACGUCACACAGGGUAAAUAUCAUGUCUGGCUCGGGCUCAGUGUUACGUCACCAGGGAAGAACUGGACCUGGGUGGACAGCUCCAAGUUAGACCAAACUCUGUUCCCAGAAUCAAGUCCUACUGAUCUAAACAGCUGCGGAAUGAUAAAAGGGAAUCAGAUUAAAUCUGAAAUUUGCAGUGCUGAAUUAAAAUGGAUUUGUCAGAAGGAAGCCGUGCCGCUAUGAACAGUGACAGACCAGUACACUGCCUUGUGUUUCAGCGUCUGGGCCACACUUCCAGGAGCAGAUGUGCUGGCGGAGACAUGUAUGUCCCGUGUAGCCUCAAACCAGCUAUUUGUAUGGGCAACUUGGGUAAAUGCAUUUGCAAAUCAGACCCUAGGGCAAAGGCGCAUCUCAUGGACGUAAACACUGCACGACUGACUCGGGUCCAGUAAGAACACACUUGUACCUCCCCCUGUAUCCCCUUGCGCCAUCACUGAUACCCUGGCUCAACCCCUUCCUCCUUCACCCACUUCUCUUCACCUCCGGUGCCUCUUCAGCCUUCUGCCUCUCACGCCCAAUACUUCAGUCCCUUGUGCUUCCCUCAGGUGUCCACCUAGCUCAGUGGGAGGGGCAUUUCCACAUCCUUGUUCACCUUGAUCUGAUCUCCCUGCCAACUCCACCUCCAUCUGUUGCUUUCCUCUCCUCUCUGGGGUCUUCUCCUGCUUUUCUGCCUAGCCCUCCUUCAGCGUCUCCUUGACAACCUUGGAACUUUUUUAACCCAAUGUUUUUCAAAUCAGGUGUUUCAUGAAAGUGGACAAUGGUUCUUGAACCAUUUUGGUUUUGAUGAAUUGGCAUUUUCUGACACCCCCUAACCCUGGAAAAAAAAAAAGAAAAUUCCUAA